UAUUUUUAAAAAUCGCAUUGCAUAACGCCCUUUUGCACAUUCUGUUUCCUCUCCAAGAACGGAUCUGAACAUUAGGUGGCGCUGCAGCCGGGUAGUAUUUUUUUUUUAUGAGAGGCAAACCCCUGGAGGGAGAGAGCAGGAGAAAGGCGGUGAGGAGGAGAGAAGGGGAGAGCUUUUUGCUCUUCGUGUGUUUUUCUUCUUUGCACAGCAGACGGCGGCCCCUCUCCUGCAGGUUUCCCAGCAGCUCCUCUCACGCCGGACUCGGACUCUGGAUUCAGCUGCACGCCGGCCGCAAGAAGGUCCACCUGGCUGAGAGGAUGAUGAUGCAGCGAUAAAGCAGAAAGCCUUUCUCUCCGCUGGAUCCCAGCCGGCGGCGUCAGCUGUUGCUCCGUGGGUGAGGGUGUGAGCGCGUGGAGGAACACAGGCCAAAACUAUGCCACCGAUUUGCUGUCGGUAACGGCUUUCCACCCCUGAGCAGAGCGGGGAGCGGAUGCGCGCAGAGCUUGGAAGCGAACCUCCGAGUAUUUUGUAACCUUUGUGGAUGCCGGAGGAGCUGCGCCGAUGGAGAAGGUGACUCCGCCGCCCCAGCCGCAGCUGCAGCUGUCGAUAGCGAAAACGGAGAGUCCUGCGGAGGACAUCUCCGGGAUCACGGACGAGGAUCUGCUCAAGUGGACCAAGGAGGACCUGGUGCGACGGCUGAGACGUUCUGAGGCCGACAAGAUGAGCGUGAUUCUCGACCAUGGGAAUCUCAUCCGAGAGGUCAACCGCAGCCUCCAGCUGCACCUAAAUGAGAUCAGGGGGCUGAAGGACAUCAACCAGAAGCUGCAAGAGGACAAUCGUGAACUGAGGGACUUGUGCUGCUUUUUGGACGACGACCGUCAGAAAGGAAAGCGUGUCUCCAGGGAGUGGCAGCGCCUUGGGCGUUACAGCGCCAGCAUCAUGCGCAAAGAGGUGACCCUCUACCUCCAGAAGCUCAAGGAGCUGGAGCUCCGACAGGAGGAGGUGAUUCGGGAGAACUUGGAGCUGAAGGAGCUGUGCCUUCUGCUGGAUGAGGAGAAAGGAGGAAGUUUCGUCGGAGGUAACUUAUCAGGGGGGAACACAGGAAUGGGGGGGUGCCGCAAUUCCAUAGACAGCCAGAAUAGUUUGCUUCUGGUGCCGGGACAGGGGCUCCUGAUGAGAGACGUAGGGGACGGGAGCAGCACUUCGAGCGCUGGAAGUGCUGACAGCUCCGAUCACCCUCACCACAAGCAGGCUCACCUUGCUGCAGGAGGUGCUGUCAGCAUUGGAGACAAAGGCAGCCCGGAGCUUGUGCACAAACCCAGGUGUAGCAGCAUCACUGGAAUUGGAGGAGGAAGUGGAGGAGACAGGGAGGGCUCCAGUCCUGUGCACCCGACCGGACGCCACCGCAGCACCAGCCUCGAGUACCCGUACACGCUGCCCCAGCUCUGCCGGCCCCGCUGCGGCUCCAUAUCGAUUCCCGACCACAGUCGAGUUAUGCGGGGCCUGAGCCCAGAAAAAUACGCAAGGAGCAUAGGCCAGCGUAGCCCGGAACAGCAUCCCAAACACCACAGCUCUGACCUCCUUCUGGGCCAGAGGCAGCAUUAUGUUGGCCAGGGAGGCAGCGGGGAGCUUUAUCAGAGGCAUCAGAGGAGCAGCAUCAGCAGCACCGGCUGUGGGAGCCCAGAACCCCGGCAUGUGCAUUUAGGUACUGGGGAUCAUCAUGAAAAGGGCUGUAUGAUCCAGGGCGGAAGCCCCGAGACCCACCGGCAUCAAUACAGUUUGAGCCCUGACCAGGUGAAGUUCGGCAGCCCCGUUAGAGAGGGGCAGAGGAGGCCAGCCGGAGACGAGCUGUCGCCGCAUCACCGCAGCAUCUAUAAUGGCAUGAAUGUUUUGAUGCCUCCUCUUGACAACUUGCCCCGCAGUGCUUCUCAAAAGAAAGAGGGGCAACAGUAAAGCAGCCCUCCUGCGUCUCUGGCUUCCACAGACUGCGAGGCCCCAGGAAGGCAACCGCCGAGGAUCCAGACGCUCUGUAGUUCCUGACCUCAUCCAUGUUCAUAUUCCUUCAAGCAACCUGCCUCCAUGUUUUUAUUUCUCCAUGAGGGUGGGGACGAUAGCAAUGCCAUUUGUAAAACUCAUGAAAUGGCUUGAUGGAUCCGAGUGAACGGGUCUCCCUGCCAACAGUGGCCCUCACUCCUCAUAAGGAGACCCUAAGGAGACGGGGAAUGAAGCUGGAUCUGGAGGAGGAGCUAAAGAAGACAUGACACUGUUCGUGCUGCUCUGUUUACAAAAGUAGACCUCUGGUAAAGAAGCACACUGACUCUCCGAACAUGAAUUAUUUCCCCACGCGCCUGUUCUUCCUCCUGUCCUCUUCAUCUUCAGCCGAGUCAAUGUCUCCAAAAUGUGUUGGGACUGGUGUAAUCUACUGUUCUGUUUCUCAGUCCUAAAAUCCAGUUGACCACCAUCGUCCUUCCUCCCAAAAAACUGAAAUACCGUUUCUGCCAUUUCUAUUGAAAACAUUCUCAAAGAUAUACUUGCAAAGAAAAACCUCUUCCUGUGUCUUAAACCAAGAUGGUCAACAUUACUAGCUGCUGACAGAUGUUCUUGUUCUAUGAGAUGCCAUGUUCAGGUGUAAUUUUAUUUUGUAUUAUCUUGUUUGCUCCCUUAAAGCGCCUAUACUGAAGCUGGGGAGAAGGUGAUGCAGUUCUCCAUAUUCUUUUUUACAAGGAAGUAAAGUCCAAGUAAGAAGUAGAUUAUUGGAUUAGUUUUCUAUAUAUCUAUGUAUACGAAUAUAAUAUUAUUAUUUUUGACUUACCAAUAUAAAACCUGUUAUAUGCAUAUGAUAUAUCAAAUAUUAAACAGACCUCUUUAUCAAAAAA